GAUAGCGUGGUAAUAUUCCACGUGUGCAAGACGACGAAACGCUGCUCUUUGUCUUCCCAUCCUCUUCGUAUAAAACCCCGCCAUUUCCAUUUUCACCCAAAAACCUUUCGUCAAAUCUCCGAUCAGAAACAAAACAAAAAACAAAUGGAUGAAGUGUUACCCAUUGUUGCUCUUUCUCUUCUUCUCGGUGCCAUCAUUGCCUUCAUCUUCUUCAACACCUAUUUCCGACAACGCAAAUCUGAAGUCCGAUCCAUCACAAAUCCAAAUCCAAAUCCAAACCCAAACCCAAUCUCCUCCUCUUCAAAACCCCUUCCUAACAAGAAAUCUCACCCUAAACACCAUUCCUCUGAUAAGGAUCAAAGCAAGAGGCAUCAUCCGUUGGAUUUGAAUACCUUGAAAGGCCACGGUGAUGCAGUAACAGGGAUAUGCUUCUCUCCUGAUGGACGAAAUUUGGCAACAGCUUGUGGUGAUGGAGUGGUGAGAGUAUUUAAGUUGGACGAUGCUUCAAGUAAAAGUUUCAAGUUCCUGAGAAUUAAUUUGCCUGCUGGAGGUCAUCCAACUGCAGUUGCAUUUUCUAACGAUGCAUCCUCCAUCGUUGUGUCAUCGCACACACUCUCUGGUUGUUCAUUAUACAUGUACGGUGAAGAGAAACCUAAAGCUUCUGAAAAUAUGCCACAAACAAAGCUUCCUCUCCCGGAGAUUAAGUGGGAAAAUCACAAAGUUCAUGAUAAAAAAGCAAUAAUUACUCUGUUUGGAACCUCCGCUACUUAUGGCACUGCUGAUGGGAGUGCAUUAUUUGCCUCAUGUUCAGAAGGGACUGACAUCAUUCUUUGGCAUGGAAAAAAUGGGAAGAGUUUGGGGCAUGUGGAUACAAAUCAACUUAAAAAUAACAUGGCUGCUAUAUCACCCAAUGGGCGCUUCAUUGCAGCUGCAGCGUUUACUGCAGACGUUAAGGUCUGGGAGAUUGUAUAUGCAAAGGAUGGAUCUGUCAAGGAAGUUUCAAAUGUUAUGCAGCUUAAGGGGCAUAAGAGUGCAGUGACUUGGUUAUGCUUUACUCCAAACUCGGAGCAAAUAAUCACAGCCUCCAAGGAUGGUUCAUUGAGAAUAUGGAAUAUCAAUGUUCGCUAUCAUCUUGAUGAGGAUCCAAAGACACUGAAGGUGAUCCCAAUUCCUCUUCGUGAUUCUGCCGGUACUACUUUGCACUAUGAUCGCCUCAGUAUUUCACCUGAUGGAAAAUAUUUGGCUGCAACCCAUGGUUCCACAUUGCAGUGGUUAUGUGUUGAGACUGGAAAGGUUUUAGAUACAGCUGAAAAAGCCCAUGAUGGUGACAUCACAGGCAUUUCAUGGGGGCCUAAAACUCUUCCAAUGGGAAAUGAACAAGUCUUGAUUUUAGCCACAGCCAGUGUUGACAAGAAAGUGAAGUUAUGGGCAGCUCCAUCCUGAACUAGUAUACUAGUGCACCAUAUGCUUAGUGCUGACAACUAAUAGAUGUUAAAAGAGUGUUGCUUCAAAAGUUAUCAGCUUUGGUCUCUUCUUCUCUUUGAUUCAGUCAUUUCACAAGUUAUCAUGGAAAAAUCAAUGAGAAACUAGGAUGAGCUGAAAACAGGAUUAGUCCUUAUGGUUCUGCUUUGUCUUCGAUCUUAUCGAAUUUUGGUGGCUAUUAAUUUGUACAGACACAGAUGGUGUUGUUGGUUUUGAUUGUGCUAAAUUGCUAGUUAGCCAGCAAAGGACGAGGUAACGCAAGAUAGUGUAUUAGUAACUUUGAAAGAGGAAAUAUUGGACAUGUUUCUAGUUCUUAUACAUACUGUCAUUUAAAGAUCUUUUUCAUAUC